AUGCCCGUAGUGCAUGUGCCCGCGUACUCCCCGUAUGCUGUUGCUGAACACGCCGCGGCACUUAUGAUGACGCUGAAUCGCAAGACGCAUCGCGCCUUCAACCGCACACGUGAGCAGAAUUUCCGACUAACGGGCCUGCUGGGCUUCGACAUGAACGGCAAGACGGUCGGUAUCAUCGGCACGGGCAAGAUCGGCGCCAUCUUUGCGCGCAUUUGCAAAGGCUUUGGCUGCCGAGUGCUGGCAAACGACGUGGCCGAGAACCCGGAGGCGCUGAGCUAUGGCGUCGAGUACGUGCCACUGGAGGAGAUCUGGAGGGAGGCGGACAUCAUCUCGCUGCACUGCCCACUGUUUCCGAGCACCAAGUACGUGAUCAACGAGAACAGCAUCAAGCAGAUGAAGGACGGUGUGAUGAUCAUCAACACGAGCCGAGGAGCGCUGAUCAACACGGACGCUCUCGUGGAGGGCAUCAAGUCGAACAAAAUCUCGGCUGCCGGUCUGGACGUGUUUGAGGGCGAGCAGGGCUACUUUUACUCGGACCGCUCGGGUGAAAUCAUCGCCAACGACAUGCUGGCACGCCUGUUCACUUUCCCGAACGUGAUCAUCACGGGCCACCAAGCAUUCUUCACGGAAGAGGCCCUGGACAACAUUGCACGCAUGACGAUAGCGAACAUUGCAGCGUACAUUGCCAACGAGCCGCUGGUGAACGAGGUCAAGUGACUUAGGAGGGGCUGUAUACAGCAUUGAGUAGCCAUUUGCGUGUCAUAUUACGUGCAUAUCUAACACGGU